GCCGAACCCCUGAAGCCGACUCACCGAACCCAGGUUAAGAACCACUGCUAUACAGUAUCCAAUAUCCUUUUAUUCCAUAUGUUGUAUGCAUGCAUUAUGAUAAAGCACUUAAGUAUUUCCCUAACCCGCUUGUGAGAACAUGAUGAUCACUCAACAAUCCCUAACCAGACUCCAGACAGAACAUGAAGUACAGAAGGUUCUCCGCGUGUGAGAGUCACUUAGUAUCCAUACAUGUUGAACCUCUCCGUACAUCGUGAGGCGUGCGACCCUGUGCAGUAUGAACAGCUGACAUUGCAGAUACCAAGGUCGUUGACUAUAUAAAGAGGGUCCCCGUGCGGGGGACGUGUGACUCAACCUUAGCCUGGCACGAUGAACGCCUUCCACGCUCUGCUCCUGUUGGCUCUAAGCCUCUCCGUGGCCCAACCCCUGCCUUACAAGGCUCUUAACCAGUUCCGGAGAAUGAUCCUGUGCGUGAUGCCUGAUAGCUGGCCCGUCUUCGACUACGCCGACUACGGCUGCUACUGCGGGAAGGGCGGCUCGGGCACACCUGUGGAUGAUCUGGAUAGGUGCUGUUACGUUCACGACCGGUGUUACAGCGAGUCCAUGCAGCAUCCUGACUGCUGGCCCAUUUUUGACAACCCGUACACGGAGUUCUACGACUACAGCUGUGACCAGGACAACAAGAAGGUCACCUGUGGCGACAAAAACGACGAAUGCGAGAUGUUCAUCUGCGAGUGUGACAGGAAGGCGGCGGAGUGUUUCGCCCGGUCGCCGUGGAACCCCGAACACGAGCACUUGCCGGGUCACCUGUGCAAGUAAAAUUUCGAUUUCAAUUGGAAAUAAUCCAUGAUUUCGCCUUUUUAUGUUUUCUUUCCCCACAACCUUUUGCCUCACAUCCAACGGGUUUAUUAAAACUCCCAUCAUCCAUGCCUACAAAGAACAUUGAGUAAGUUCUUUAAUAAUUCCUCGCAAUAGAAACAAUGUAUUUUAAACUCUGAUGUUGUGAAAUAUUUUCACUGUGUAUAAAUGAUUAGCGACAGCAAUGAACUUAAAGACUAGAGAUGUCCGAUAAUGUCUUUUUUGCCGAUAUUCCGAUAUUGUCCAACUCUUAAAGGCCUACUGAAAUGAGAUUUUCUUAUUCAAACUGUGAUAGUGAAUUAGUGAAUUAUAUUUAUAUAGCGCUUUUCUCUAGUGACUCAAAGCGCUUUACAUAGUGAAACCCAAUAUCUAAGUUACAUUUAAAGCAGUGUGGGUGGCACUGGGAGCAGGUGGGUAAAGUGUCUUGCCCAAGGACACAACGGCAGUGACUAGGAUGGCAGAAGCGGGAUUCGAACCUGCAACCCUAAAGUUGCUAGCACGGCCGCUCUACCAACCGAGCUACGCCGCCCGAUAGCAGGUCCAUUCUACGUGUCAUACUUGAUCAUUUUGCGAUAUUGCCAUAUUUUUGCUGAAAGGAUUUAGUAGAGAACAUCCACGAUAAAGUUCGCAACUUUUGGUCGCUAAUAAAAAAGCCUUGCAUGUACCGGAAGUAGCAGACGAUGUGCGCGUGACGUCACGGGUUGUGGAGCUCCUCAUAUCUGAACAUUGUUUACAACCAUGGCCACCAGCAGCAAGAGCGAUUCGGACCGAAAAAGCGACGAUUUCCCCAUUAAUUUGAGCUAGGAUGAAGGAUUCGUGGAUGAGGAGAGUUAGAGUGAAGGACGAGAAAAAAAAAAACUAGACGGCAGAGCGAUUCAGAUGUUAUUAGACAAAUUUAAUAGGAUAAUUCUGGAAAAUCCCUUGUCUGCUUCUUGUGUUACUAGUGUUUUAGUGAGAUUAUAUGGUCGUACCUGUACAACCUGAAGGUUGGAGUGGUGUGGUGACCGCCAGUGUCUCCGAGGGAAGCCACGUUUCUUGACGAGGCGAAUGCAGCCGAUGCUUCCUCCACGGUGGAAGCAUCCGACGGUCGGGGGCGGCCGGUGGGAGGAGGCAAGAGUCCACAGCUGCUUCUCUGACAGGUGCAGGAGGAACGACGCAAGGUCUCCGCUCAUGUUAACUAAUAGACGACUUAUUACCACCAUUUUCUCACCAAAACCUGUCGGUGGUAGGGAACCAUGUUCGCUUGACCGUUCUGUUCCAUAGUAAAACUUCACCGUCAUCUUUCGGGAAUGUAAACAAUGAAACACCGGCUGUGUUUGUGUUGCUAAAAGCGCCCGCCAUACACCGCUUCCCACCUACAUCUUUCUUCUUUGACGUCUCCAUUAUUAAUUGAACAAAUUGCAAAAGAUUCAGCAACACAGAUGUCCAGAAUACUGUGGAAUUAUGCAAUGAAAAGAGACGACUUAUAGCUGGGAUCGGUGCUGGACCAAAAUGUCCUCUACAAUGUGUGACGUCACGCGCACACAUCAUACCGCCACGUUUUAGCAUGAUACUUCAGCGCGAAAUUUAAAAUUGCAAUUUAGCAAACUAAAGCGGCCGUAUUGGCAUGUGUUGCAAUGUUAAUAUUUCAUCAUUGAUAUAUAAACUAUCAGACUGCGUGGUCGCUAGUAGUGGCUUUCAGUAGGCCUUUAAAUACCGAUACCGAUAUAUAGAGUGGUGGAAUGAACACAUUAUUAUGCCUAAUUUUGUUGUGAUGCCCCGCUGGAUGCAUUACACAAUUUAACAAGGUUUUCCAAAAUAAAUCAACUCAAUUCAUGGAAAAAAAAUGCCAACAUGGCACUGCCAUAUUUAUUAUUGAAGUCACAAAGUGCAUUAUUUUUUUUAAACAAGCCUCAAAACAGCAGCUUGGAAUUUGGGACAUGCUCUCCCAGAGAGAGCAUGAGGAGGUUGAGGUGAGUUUGGUUGGGGGGGGGUGUAUAUUGUUAGUGCUGCAAGGGGUGUUUGUUCUGUUGUGUUACCGUGCGGAUGUUCUCCCCGAAACGUGUUUGUCAUUCUUGUUUGGUGUGGGUUCACAGUGUGGCGCAUAUUUGUAACAGUGUUAAAGUUGUUUAUACGGCCACUCUCAGUGUGGCUGUUGACCAAGUAUGCCUUGCAUUCACUUGUGUGCGCGAAAAGGCGUAAAUAUUAUGUGAUUGGGCCGGCACGAAAAGGCAGUGCCUUUACGUCCGUUUUAAAAAGUCAUACAUUUUACUUUUUGAAACCCAUACCGAUAAUUUCCGAUAUUACAUUUUAAAGCAUUUAUCGGUGGAUAAUGUCGGCAGUCCAAUAUAAUCGGACAUCUCUAUUAAAGACUUUGUUUAUUCAAGACUUGGAAUGGUCUGUUUCACAAUCUGGAAGAACAGGAACCAAUGCUGAUAUUCAAUGGUAUCAAUAUUUGGUACUUUUGUAUGUGUUCAUGUGUUAAAUGUUAAUUGUUUAGUAAAUAAAUUAAAAAAUGAUAAUUAAAUUGUACAUUUCAAACAUGACAA